AUGGCUGACAACCGUGAGAGUAUCGGUGGCAAUUUGUGUGCGCUCGUGCUGGCGAAUUGUCACCAGUUGCCCAUGCUGGAGCGAACGCAUCGUGUAUUCAUUAUAUAUGUUCUCUUUGACAGAGAGCCUCGCAGAGUGGCCCUAGCUAAAGGUGGAACUGGCUUGGGAUUUAACAUCGUUGGUGGCGAGGAUGGGGAAGGGAUCUUCAUCUCCUUCAUUUUGGCUGGUGGCCCGGCUGACUUGUCUGGAGAGUUAAGGCGGGGUGACCAAAUUCUUAAUGUAAAUGGAACAGAUUUACGUUCCGCUACACAUGAACAGGCUGCUCAAACUCUGAAGGGAUGUGGACAAACGGUAAACCUGACAGUGCAAUAUAAACCUGAUGAGUACAACCGCUUUGAGGCCAAAAUCCAUGACCUCAAGCAGCAGAUGAUGUCCGGCACUCUGAGAACCACUCAAAAACGCAGUCUCUACGUUAGAGCUCUGUUUGACUAUGAUCCCAAUCGGGAUGAUGGUUUGCCUUCACGUGGUCUUGCCUUUAACUAUGGAGAAAUUCUUCACGUUACCAACGCUUCUGACGACCAGUGGUGGCAAGCCAGACGUGUCCUGCCGUCAGGCGAGGAAGAAGGUACUACAGGCAUCAUUCCCUCUAAAGCCCGUUGGGAAAAGAAACAAAAAGCGCGACUUCGGUCUGUAGCCUUCCAGGGCAAGAACAACAAUGACGCUCGGCAAUCGACGCUAGAGAGGAAGAAGAAGACUUUAUCAUUCAGCCGAAAAUUCCCGUUCCUGAAUAAGAGUAAAGAUGACAAGUCUGAAGAUGGUUCAGACAAUGAGCUCGAUGAGGACUUUGAAGCCUCCAUAGCAACAAAUGACGGAGAGAGCGAUACCCGAAGCAUGAGAGGAGACGACUACAUAAUCUUGAGUUAUGAGGGCGUACAGCAGACAGAAAUCUCGUACACUCGACCGGUAGUUCUUCUGGGUCCCCUUAAGGACAGAAUUAAUGAUGAUCUUAUAUCAGAGUUCCCCGACAAAUUUGGCAGCUGUGUCCCCCAUACUACCCGGCCACGACGAGAAUACGAAGUUGAUGGACGGGACUAUCAUUUUGUAGCCUCAAGGGAACAAAUGGAACGUGAUAUUCAGAACCAUCUAUUCAUUGAAGCUGGGCAGUAUAAUGACAAUCUUUAUGGAACAUCUGUUGCGUCUGUCAAAGAGGUGGCCGAGAAGGGUAAGCAUUGUAUCCUUGAUGUAAGCGGGAAUGCCAUCAAGAGACUUCAAGUUGCGCAGCUCUACCCUAUUGCUAUUUUCAUCAAACCGAAGUCAGCUGAACAAAUUAUGGAGUGGAACAAGAGAAUGACUGAAGAGCAGGCUCGCAAAACAUACGAGCGUGCUCUUAAGGUCGAAGGCGAUUUUGGGGAGUAUUUCACAUCAAUUGUAGCAGGUGAUACUCCAGAGGAGGUGUAUGCCCGUGUUAAGGAUCUGAUCCACCAACAUUCUGGCCCUAAGAUCUGGGUGACUUGUAAGGACAAGUUAUAAAAUAAGGGAAAUUCCCCUAUGGGGUUAUUCUGUAUAUCCCACGCUUGAACGUUUUGUUGCUUGAAAAAAGAUAUUAUUACAUCUUAUUAAUGGCAGUUGAUUCUUUCCAAUGUAUGGACUAAUAUUGAUGCUUGAAAAUAUAAUAAUGCUGAUACAAGAACCAGUGAACGUUGAUGAUGAUGAUGAUCCUGAUAGAUCAUACACAGAAAAAAGGAGCAGUAGAAGGAAAAUGAGCUGUUUGAACAUCUGGUGAGAAGCCUCCGAUGGGCUGAAGAUGAAUUAAUUCUUCAUAUUGGCUGUUGCCUAUUGUAAGUCUGUGAACUUGAUGAUUUUUUUAAGAUGAUAUUGUAGAGAGAUUGCAUCUCGUGGUGGCGGCCAUACUAUUGAAACUUUUCAUUGUAUUAUAAGAGUUUUAUGCCUUUACUACAGCAUGAAGAUGAAUCAAGUG